AACUGGGUGUGGCUAUAAACAACAAUGGCUGCUUUUUUGAGGACGAGAACAGUUCUAACUCGUUUCUCCUCUUUUCAGUCUUUUACAUCAAUUCGUUCUGCUGCUACCUGGUGGCGGUCUGGAAAGAAGUCACAGAUAGAAGAGGAUCCUGAGAAACUAGCUGCUGCAAUAGACCCUGGCCUCAGGCUAGGAGACUACCCUGUGCUACCAUGGCGUUCAGCACAAGAGAAUGCACCCUAUGGCUGGUGGGAUAAUCAGGACCGGAGAGACAAGGAGACACCAUUGCAUGAGGAAGAUGAUGCUCUUAAUGUGUGGAUGUAUGAUGCUGUAGAAGCUAAUGGAAAAUACACUCGCGGGCAAGCACUGGCUCAUUUAAUGAUAAUGUUCAGCUUACUGGGAGGAUUGUUUUAUCUCUCAGUCUUGUAUGAUGCUCCUUCAAGGAAUCCAGCUGUUCCUCGUCAGUUCCCUUAUAAUAACUUGUAUCUUGAGAGAGGAGGUGAUCCUAACAAGGAACCAGAUGAAAAGGAUCUUACCGCUAGAGUGGCUGAGACUUAUGGCGAAAUAACUUCAUAGAAUAGCAACAUUCAUGAACACUAUUGUGCACCAUUUAGAAUAUUAUUAUGAUGAUUAUUAUAAUUUAGUGAAGGAUUAAUUGUUUCUUCGGCUUUCACUUGUAUGUGGCAUUAAUAAUGGCAUCUGAAUCAAAA